AUGGCUGCGACGACGCCGCGGCGCUCAUCACGCAUCCCUCAUGCCCACACGCCGAAAAUGUCGGAAAGAAAGAAGGGGUUAUUCCAAGGCGACAUGGAGCCAACAAGGGAGUCUCUGACGACCCACCGGCGGCUCCCGGUCGUGGAUAGUGAGAGUGACAGCGAGGACUGCGACCUGGGCAUCAUCAGUACCCUGGACUCCAGCUCAGGAGACGAGACUGAGCAUGGCACGCCGAGGAAACCCAAUAGAAAUCUAUGGCCUGAAACAAGGAGCCAAACGAAAAGGUUCAAAGAGACCCAAGAUCUGAAGAACUUCAUCAAAUCUCCAUUCACACUCAAGAAGUACCAAACUCGGUACUCAUGCCCAGAAAAAUGCUCUGGUUCUUUAUCUACCCCGGCCACACCACACUUCCACAACCACCCAGGCACACCGUCAUCGACUCACUCGUGCAACAGUGUGCACACCACCUCAUCUACCUCAAGCAGGGCCAGAAAGAGCCUUGCAAGCCUUAUUGCUGACACAGAAAGCUGUAGCAGCUCUCUGAAAGACCUCAACUUCGAUACCGACUCAGGAACUGACUCUAAAGAAAACACUCCAACUAAAUCUAUCCGUAGAUCCAAGCGUAAUCAGAAGACACCCCAGUUCCUCAACUUCAAGGGAAUCCUGAUGGAACAGAAGAAGAAUAUCUCUCCAAUGAAGACUGCUGUGGUGUGCCUGACUAAAAUGGAUAUGAGCAGUGUGCUAUCCCCCACACAGAUGCUCAAGACACCUCACAAUACGACUGAAACUAACCAGUCGCCUCCCAAACUGGGCCACAACCGUCGUUCAGUGGUAGAGAUUCAAGAGAGCCCAGAAUCCACUUGCGACAGCGAGAAGAGCCACAAAAGACUUAGAAACGACAGCCUAUCUGACUCCGGUCCAAAUUCUAAAUAUCCUAGACUAGAUAAUACUGUGCCCAAAGCCCGGUUGUCUCUUUUCAACUCUGAUAGACUUAAGGAAAUCCUUUCUGCUAAGUCUUUCUAUGGGAAGACCAAUCCGGAGCUUAAUCCCAAUAUUACAGCUAAGAUAUCUAAUGCUAUUGAAGUCACAACCACCCAGCACCGCCGUCCACUCUCGCAGUCCCAUUCUAGCAGACGUAAGAGGCGUCCAGGCCAAAUCAAUUCUGGAGUCAGACAUAAGAUCAGGAAGCCUAAAAUCAAGAAUAAGAUUAUUAUCAGAGGGAAUACGUCUAUGAACACAACAGCAAAUACAACUGUACUGAACAACAGUACUAUGUCGAAUGUGAGCACAAAUGACUUGACUAUGAAAAGUCAGAACUCUUCACAAGACCUUGGAAUUGACCGAGCUGACCCAUUUGACUCGGAGAAGCAAACAAUUGAAGCUCUCCUCAGCCAGUGGACAGAAGAGGAAGUUCCAGAAUCAGAGCUUUCAUACUCCAAGCCAAGACAAGAAGUGCCUUGUUUCAGCAGCACGGUCAUUGAAGAGACUAACUCAAUUUUUGAGCCGGUUACCGCAGUUCCAGUCCCCGUACAAAGCAUACCACAGGAUGGAGAAGCAGUUAUUGUGGAAUUGGGAACACAAAACCACGUCACAUUGGCACCAAGUGCUGCUAAAUUGGCACAAAGUGAAACCUCUCACAACGAAGUGAAUGACGUGGUUAUGUCAGAACCUGGACACUCAGCAAACCACGGAGACAUGACGAAGAAUGGACAGUUCCUGCCUGUGGAAGGAGGCUACAUAUUCGUCGCUGAAAAUGGAGGACCAGUUCAAGAAGAACUGCCAGACUUGGACGAAAUUGAGCGCGAGCUGAAGAUGCUUGACGAGCAAAUCCUCAAGAUGGCGGAGUCCAACAACAUCAACCCGCAAGCCGUGAUCGCGUCUACCGAGACUCUGGCUGUACCCGCUGUAACCGACAGACCUGUACAGGCGGUGUUCCGCAAGCAGGCAGUAUGCGCGCGGCUGGCGGAGGGCGCGAUGGCGGUGACGCGCGCGGCGGUGGAGGCGCAGAACGCCGAGCGCAAGGGCUUCAUGCAGCACCUGCGCCGGCGCCACGCCGCGCGCCACGCCGCCGCCACGCGCUGGGCGCGCCUCGUGCGCGACUACACGCACGACCGGGCGGUGUUCCACGAGUCGCGCAGCUGGCCGGCGUCGUGGCAGCUGGACCCGACGGAGGGCCCGGGCCGCGUGCGCGUGCGCCUGCGCCGCGCGCACCUGCGCAUCCACAAGCGCUUCCUGCAGCCGGCGCAGCAGUACAAGCCCGAUCUCGCCAAGCGACCGCCUCCGUUACGCAGCGUGCUGGGCCGCAGCGCGACGGAGCGCGACGGGCUGGCGGCGCGGCUGCAGCUCAACGAGUGCGUGGCGUGCAUGGCGCGCGUCACGCACGUCACGCACGACAGCGAGACCUGCGGCGAGCUGCUGCUCACGGACAGGUAA